CAGGCCCGGCUGAUAGCUGAUUGCCGCACUCACCUCAUCCCAGACCUCCUUCACCUCCGUCGCUUCCCAACCUCCGCUCGCCAUGAAGCUUCUGACCAGCUUGGCCUUUGCCUCGGCCAUCUUCUCGGCCCUGGUUUCGGCCGCGCCCACCUGCACUGAGGGCCAGUUCCUCUGCACCAACUCGGGUGUCUCUGCCGGCUACUCUGUCUGUGCUGCCGGAUCCCUUGUCCAGAUGUCCUGUGGCAGCGGAACGGUCUGCAUCCAGAACGGCAGCUCCCUGUACUGUGGAUUCCCUGUCAACCCCGUCUCCACCACUUCCUCCCCUCCCACCACUACCACCACCACCACUACUACUACUACUUCCCCCAAGACCACUACCUCCUCCAAGACCACCAAGUCGCCUACUACCACCACCCCUGUCAAGACCACCACCACCACCACCACCACUCCUGUCAAGACUACCACCACUACCACCACCACUACCACCACUGCCACCGCCACCGGCUCUGUUCCGGUUCCUACCAUUGGCACCCCCAGAAUCAUUGGAUACAAUGACAACACCAGCGGCAACUCUUCGCCUGCUGCCUACUUUGUCCCUGGCUCGGCUCCCUCCAACGUCUAUGAUGUCUUUAUCCUCGGCUUCUGGCUCUCCAGCGGUGCCUAUGACUCGGCUUACACCUGGACCCAACUCGAUGCCGCCACUCGCCAGAGCUACCUCGACAGCUACCACGCUGCUGGCAAGGUCGUUCUCGUUGCUGCCUUUGGUGCUGCCGAGUUCCCCACCCUCUCUGGCGUCAACCCCGUCACCGCUGCCCAGAACCUUGCUGCCUUUGUGAAGCAAUACCAGCUCGAUGGUGCCGAUAUCGACUGGGAGGACAACAACUCGCUCCAGGCCGGCACCGGCGAGGCCUGGCUGGUUUCCUUCCAGACCGAGCUGCGCAACAACCUGCCCAGCCCUCGCUACAUCAUCACCCAUGCUCCCCAGGCUCCCUACUUUGUCGGCAACGAUCUCCCUGGCCAGUACCCCAACGGCGGAUACUUGACCGUCGAUCAGAAGGUUGGCUCCCUCAUUGAUUGGUACAACGUCCAGUUCUACAACCAGGGAUCCACCAACUACCAAGACUGCACCUCGCUCCUCAACAAGUCCCAGGCUCCCUUCAUCGGCACCUCUGUCUUUGAGAUCAUCGCCAAGGGUAUCCCCUCCAGCAAGGUCGUCAUUGGCAAGCCCAUCACCCAGGCCGAUGUCGUCAACACCGGCUUCAUGGCUGCCUCGACCCUGGCCUCGUGCAUCAGCCAGGCCAAGGCCACCGGCAAGUGGGAUGCUGGCUUCUUUGGCUGGCAGAUCACCCACGACACCAGCGGCUGGUCCAACACCGUCGCUGCCGGUCUUUAAAUCGGGUCCAUGUCUCGCACACUGAGCUCCCCCAAACCCCUUGUAAUUGUUUGCUAUCGCGAUCGAUUGGUGUCGGUGGCUCUCUUUCCGCCGUGUGCACCUCGACGCGAUAUAUCCCCUAUGGCUCCUAUAAUCGUAUGAGAAGAAGAAAGGAAUGAAUGAAAACGAAAAGCCUUUCCCUUGUGUGGGGAGGGCGCGGUGUCUGUCUACAGAACUAACUGUGUCUUUGAUCUGUCGAACGUGAAUAACAAAAGCUG